AUGAUGGCAUUCCACACUAGUCUUGAUCAGAAAUUUAUGGAGCUUCUAGAAGCAAAGCAAAGUCGGCAAAGCUCACGCCCCAAGAUCCAAGAGGUUCCAGAGUAUUUCCGAAAUAGAAAUAACAUUGUGAAGUAUUUCUCACCCAAGUCGGUGUCAAUAGGUCCCAUCCAUCAUAACACUCAAAAUCUCAAACUAGGAGAGAACUAUAAACUUACUUGGGCAGCAAAAUACAUCCAACUCACCCAACAAAGUCCAAAAUUUCUACACAAAAAGAUUCUCGAUAAUAUUGAUGAACUCAAGGAUCUUUAUGCCGAUAAGGUUUUGGCCUAUAGCUGUACCACAGAGUUUGUAAAAGACUUACACAGCCUUGAGGAAAAGCUGGCAUGGGUGUUGUUCGUGGAUGGGUGUUUUUUGAUGUAUAUUUUAAUGUAUUUGAGGCUUCAAUAUGAAAACCCAGAAGAUGUGAAUACUAAGGUUGAUCGUCUUGAUCUUGUGAUGAAGGAUGUGCUUUUGUUGGAGAAUCAGCUUCCUUAUCUAGUACUGAAGUUGUUGUGGAAAGAUGAUAACGAGGAUGAAUUGAUAUAUACUAUGAUGAAUUUUCUCAACUAUUAUCAUUGGGCCCCACUGGAUAAUAAGACGACUUGGAGGUGGAGGAGGAGGAGGCAAACAAAUAAAGAGAUAAAAACAAAACAUGUAUUUGAAUUACAGUAUGAGCAACCGACUCAUCUUCUUGAUCUUCAGCGUAAAAUCAUUCUCAAUAAAUAUAAGAUUGAAGCCGGUGAUGAAGUUAACAAGAAACAAAGUAGGGAGUUUUCAGAAAUAGAAAGCAAGAUGAUGACAUACAGGAACAUAGAAGAUUUAACAACAGUAGGAAUAAAACUUAAAUCAAGCGGGACACGAAGGCCAACAGACAUAAAUUUCUCGGAGGGUUGGUUUGCUGGGAAACUAACUCUUCCUCAGAUUGUUGUGGACGAUGACACGGCUGCCUCUUUCCUGAACCUGAUAGCGUAUGAGAUGUGUCCAGAUUUUAAAAACGACAAGGAAAUAUCUUCAUUCGUGGUUUUCUUAAACUCGCUCAUUGACCAUGCUGAAGAUGUGAAGAUAUUGAGAUCAAAAGGUAUUUUGGUGAAUUCACUUGAGAGUGAUGAGGAAGUUGCUAAUCUUUUCAACAACAUAAGUACUGACUUGAUAUAUAACCCCGAAAUAUAUUUUGAAGUUAGAGUUAAAAUACACGAGCAUCACUUUAAUACAUGUAAGAUUUGGUUAGCACAAGGUUAUCACAAUCAUUUCAGCAAUCCUUGGGCUAUCAUUGGUUUCUUUGCUGCGUUAAUUGCACUUACUCUCACUUUCGUUCAAACAUGGUUUACCAUUUUCCCGCGCUAG